AGUCUUUUCAACGUUGUUUCUCAUAAUUAGAUAACGACUAGUUUCCUCUUCCUCUCCCCCGAGCUCUACUUUCCGUUAAUGGCAACGAGAACGUUGAGCUCCACUCAGUUCCCAAUCUUACCCUCGCCACCCUUUCUAUCCCUCUCUCCACGCCUCGGUCACUCCUACCGCAAACCGCCGCCCGCCGCCUCCAUCAUCCGCCGCAGGUUCCGGCUGAAACCACCUCCUGAUUCAGCCAUAUAUAUCCGGCGUGACUCCGACUCCGACUCCGAGCCGUUGUUAGAUUCCAGAUUUGGGGAGGGAGAUGUGAUAACGAGCACUGCAGAUAAAGAUGUCACAUCAUCGAGCAAAGCAUCCUUGUACAAGAAAGGAAAUCCCACCAACUCCAUUGGAUUGUUUGGGGUCGACUUAACUGCGGAUAACAUUGCCGUUGCUAUGGUAUAUUUCGUGCAAGGUGUUUUGGGACUUUCCAGGCUUGCCGUCAAUUUCUACCUGAAGGAUGACCUGCAUUUAGACCCUUCAGAGACAGCUAUUAUAUUUGGUGUCUCAUCAUUACCUUGGCUUGUUAAGCCCCUGUAUGGAUUCAUCAGUGAUUCAUUCCCUCUCUUUGGCUACCGAAGAAGGUCAUAUUUGGUUAUCUCAGGACUCUUGGGUGCCCUCUCAUGGAGUUUGAUGGCAACCUUGGUUGAUAGCAAAUACGAUGUUGCAUUCUGCAUACUUCUGGGAUCUCUUUCUGUAGCAUUUUCAGAUGUAGUUGUGGACUCGAUGGUUGUAGAGAGAGCUCGAGGUGAAUCACAAAGCAUGUCCGGAUCCCUUCAGUCGCUCUGCUGGGGAUCAUCAGCAUUUGGUAGUAUUAUAAGUUCCUACUUCAGUGGAUCUUUGGUGGGUGCUUACGGUGUGAGGUUUGUAUUUGGAUUAACGGCUUUGCUUCCACUAAUAACAUCUGCCGUUGCUGUCCUUGUGAGAGAGGAGCCAGUGCUUGGCCUGGUAACAGUGCAGAAUCUCUCACCAGAUAGUUCUAACUUUCUCGAAAGCUCAAAGAACACCAUCACACAGUUGUGGACUGCUGUGAAGCAGCCUAACGUAUUGCUUCCCACUCUGUUCAUUUUCCUAUGGCAAGCAACACCUCAAUCUGAUUCUGCCAUGUUUUAUUUCACAACGAAUAGGCUUGGUUUUACUCCAGAGUUUCUGGGACGCGUGAAGCUUGUGACUUCCAUUGCAUCAUUAGCUGGUGUUGGACUCUACAAUGGCUUCUUGAAAAGAGUCCCUCUGCAGAAGAUAUUUCUCAUGACUACUCUCAUUGGCUCAGCUCUUGGACUAACUCAAGUUCUACUAGUCACUGGAUUGAACCGGCAGUUUGGUAUAAGCGACGAGUGGUUUGCAAUUGGCGACUCAUUGGUACUAACUGUUCUUGGUCAGGUAUCAUUCAUGCCUGUUCUCGUAUUAGCAGCAAGAAUCUGCCCUGAGGGCAUGGAGGCUACUCUAUUUGCAACGCUCAUGUCCGUAUCAAACUGUGGCAGCGUCCUUGGUGGUUUGAUUGGAGCUGGACUAACUCAGCUCCUUGGCGUCACGAAAGAUGAGUUCUCAAAUUUAGCUUCUCUGAUUAUUCUUUGCAAUCUGAGUUCAUUGCUACCUUUGCCUCUACUUGGCCUCCUCCCUCAAGAUGUAUCUGGUAUCGAUUCUAACGAGAAUGCUGAUGUUGAAACGAAGUCGAACUGAGUUUGAUGAUACCUAGUAGAAGUUCUUACGUUAGUUAGGAAAAGUGCGAGCUGUAUAGAUAGAUGAGAUAGGCAAAUAGUAGUGUUUUUUCUGGGUUGGGGAAGCAUAGGCUGAUCUACUUUUGUUGUUUGUGAGGCUUGUUUCCGGCCAGAUGCAUAUUGUGGGUAAAUUCUUUGACAAGGGCAGAUUCUAGAUUAUCCAUGUGCAAAAAUGUGUUAGCAGAAAAAAUGUAUGGGCAAUAUAAGGUUUGUUGGCCUACGUGUUUUUGCCCAUAGCUCACCUACAAUCUGCCUAAUUUGAGGGUAGUGUCAUCGAGAAUAGUAUUGGUUUUACCGUA